AUGUCGCAUAAUAAGCGUUUGCACCCAGUCAUUCAAGCCUCUUCCAGCACAGACAAUGCACAAAUGGGAAGACUAGCCUCUGCAGUCUCAAUCGCAGGUCCUUUCCAAUCUUCAAUAGCAGAAGCAAUCACUGCGAGAAGGCAAAAAGGUCAAACGAUUCCCAAAUUGGUUGGUAUUCUAGCCACUCCUAGCCCACCAAGUGUGGCAUACGCUCAAUGGACAAAGAAGGCAUGUGAACAAGUUGGAAUAGAGUUCGAAAUAUGGCAGACAUGGUCUGAAAGCGACAAGAAGGAUGAUGCGAUGGAUGGAGUUGAAGAGCAAAAAUCACAACAACUGCCAAAUUCUGAUCUUGAAGCUGAUGUUGAAGACUUGAUCAUUGCUGCCAACGCAAACGAUUCCAUUCACGGCAUCAUGGUCUACUACCCAAUCUUUGGUGGUCGUCAAGAUACAUACCUUCAACAAAUCGUUGACCCUCGCAAGGACGUAGAAGGAUUGCACUUCAGCUAUUGCUUCAACAUGUACCAUAACAUUCGAUGGAUCAACCCAUCACAGUUGGGAGGCGCACCUGGAACGACAAUUGAAGCAUCUUCUGGAUCAGCGGAUAGAGAAGAGAGCAUACCGCCGGGAUAUGCAAAAUCAAUCUUGCCUUGCACGCCUUUGGCUGUUGUGAAAUGUUUAGAAAGCUUGGGUGCAUACGACAUGUCGCUGCCCUAUGGAGAUCGCCUAUUUGGCAAGACAAUCACAGUUGUCAAUCGUUCCGAAGUGGUCGGAAGACCUUUGGCUGCUUUAUUGAGCAAUGAUGGUGCAAAAGUGUACAGUAUUGAUUUGGAUUCAGUACAAGAAUUCAACAAACGUGCAAAGCACGAAAGUGAUCGUCAGCCUUCAAAAACUGUUUUGUCAGCUCGUGAACAAAAUGCGUCUCAACGAUUGCGACCUUCACAUAUCGUCCGAUCAUGUGGUAUGAACUUGCAAGAGUGCAUUGCCGCUUCAGAUGUGGUAAUUUCAGGCGUGCCAGCAGCUUCGUUUAAAAUUCAGACCGAUUGGGUCAAGCCAGGAACGGUGACAGUAAACUUCAGCAGUGAAAAGAAUUUCGAAAAAGACGUUCGCACUCGUGCUGCAAUCCAUUUGCCUGCAAUCGGUAAGACCACAAUUGCCAUGCUUCAACGCAAUCUGUUGAGACUUGUCGAGUACCGUGAAUUGACUCUGGGAGUUCAGGACCCCCACCUCCUCCAAAUGGACGCCCACAAGGAGGCAAAGAUGAACAUCACGGAAGCUCGGGCAGCCGCGGACAAUCUUCGGCUUUGA